AUGGCUUCGGUUCAACAAGCGCUAUCCUUCGUGGAUGGUGUCAGCUACAAGGACUAUGUACUAGGAUUCAGCUGUGCUGUAUACGCCUUUGAGCAGUAUCUCAACUAUCGACAGCAUCGCCGCUACUUGAUGCGUGAACGUCCUCAAGACCUUGCUGAUAUCGUCAAUGAGACCGACUUUAGCAAAUCACAAAGUUACAACCUCGAAAAGUCGCGAUUUGCCUUUGUGGAGAACGCCUACAAACAGCUUGAGAUCUUGCUGCAGCUACAUUACGACGUCUUGCCUUGGCUUUGGGACUUUUCAGGUCGAUUACUCAGUCAAUACGCUGGAUACGGUUCUGAAUAUGAGAUCCUUCAAUCCAUGGUUUUCAUGACUGUGUACUCCUUUAUUUCAACAGCAACUUCAUUGCCCUUUUCCUUGUAUUCUACAUUCGUCAUUGAGCAACGCCAUGGCUUCAACAAGCAAACGCUUGGCUUGUUUUUCGCUGAUUUGGCAAAGACACAGCUUCUAUUUGCGGUCAUCAUGCUUCCUUUUCUUGCUGCCUUUUUAUGGAUCAUCAAGUAUACCGGUGCCAACUUUUACUUUUAUGUUUGGAUCACAGUGGUUGCAUUCCAGCUUUUCUUCAUGACCAUUUAUCCCACUGUUAUUCAACCAUUGUUCAACAAGUUGACUCCUCUUGAGGAAGGCGAAUUAAGAACACGCAUCGAGGAACUUGCAGGUCGCAUCAACUUUCCUUUGAAGAAGCUUUACGUCAUCGAUGGUAGCAAGAGAUCCAGCCACUCCAAUGCUUACUUUUAUGGUUUCGGACGCAACAAGCACAUUGUUCUUUUCGACACGCUCAUUGACCAUUCAACCAAUGAUGAGAUUUGCGCCGUGCUUGCUCAUGAACUUGGCCAUUGGGCUAUGAGCCAUACUUUGAAGCUAUUGGUUACCACCCAAAUCUACAUGCUCACCAUGUUCUGGCUCUUCUCGUACUUUAUCAACAAUGCACAACUCUACCACGAUUUCGGUUUCUCAGCUAUGCCUACGUUGAUUGGAUUUAUGCUUUUCCAGUAUAUUUAUGCACCCGUCGACAGUAUCAUUGGCUUUUUAAUGCACAUGUACCAACGCAUGAACGAGUAUGAAGCAGAUGCUUAUGCUCUCAAGCUUGGAUAUGCUGCUACGUUGCGUAGUGCUUUGAUUAAGCUCAGCGUCAAGAAUUUGGGAGGCUUCAACGUUGAUCCAUGGUACUCGGCUUGGAAUCGCUCUCACCCAAGUCUCACGGAGCGUUUGUCGGCACUUGGUAUCAAGCCUACCUCGGAUAAGCCUAUCGUCAAUGCAGAGGAAUCAAAGAAAGAGCAAUAA